AUGCAUCACAAAACAGCAGCAUUCCUGCUUGCCUUGCUGGGCACGGCAACAUCCACCCCUGUCAACAUCUCUCCCCGCCAGGCCGACUUCUCUGCCAACACACAAAACGGCCUGCAGUCUGGCCAGUGCAAAUCCAUGAUCAUCGUCUUCGCACGUGGAACCACGGAGCGGGGCAACGUUGGCACCAUCGCCGGUCCUCCGUUCUUUCAGUCGCUCGCCACCCAGAUCGGCGCCGAUAACCUCGCGGUUCAGGGUAUCGAAUACCCUGCCGACAUCCCGGGCUUCCUGGCCGGAGGUGAUGCCAACGGCUCUCAGAUGAUGGCCACCCUCACCCAGCAGGCCAUCACCAACUGCCCCGGCUCCGCCGUAAUGAUGUCUGGAUAUUCGCAGGGUGGCCAGCUGGUUCACAACGGCGCGGCGAUGAUGCCCGCCGAUAUGGUGGCCAAAGUCGCUGGUGCUCUUAUCUUUGGUGAUCCGCUCAACGGCCAGGCCGUCCAAGGAGUAGACCCCUCCAAGACCAAGGUCUUCUGCCACGACGGCGAUAACAUCUGCGAGGGCGGCAACCAGAUCCGUCGCGCGCAUCUGACCUACGGAAACGACGCCGACGCGGCUGCACAGUUUGCUGCCUCCCUGAUGCCCCAGGCCGGUGGUGCCGGUGGUGCCGGUGGUGCCGCCGCGUAG